AUGAACAGUCGCGACCCCUUUAAUCUACGCCGCUCUCCAGCAUUCAACAUCCUUCGAGGCACUGCGACACAAGCUGCUUCAAAUAUCACCCAAAGGGUCAAAGAAGCAGGCGAGCAAGCUUAUGAGUCUGGGAAGCAAGCUGUCGAAGAGAUGUCCACUUUUUCUAUCCCAAAAAACGUCCCCUCUUUCACAGAUCCUCAGCGCAAUUUGGAAAACAAAGCUUGGGCGGCCUCUGGCAUGACCGCGAGAUCAUCGACGGCACAUACAAGUGGAGUAAUUAGCGGCAUACAAGAUCGAGUUGGAAACCUUCUUGGAGAAAAUAGGGAUCUGCCGAUGUACAAAGACAAGCCGUAUUCAUAUGCCUCCUCCAGGAGAGCACAACCGUUUUACAAACGGCGGCGCACCAUAAUUGGGUCCAUCGCAUUUGUAUUUUGUGCGUUAUACUUUUUAGGGUUCUUUGGAUCCAGUGAUGAGACGAAAAAGAAAUCGACAGACAGAUGGACAUGGCUACAGCGGCAGGAAAAGGGACCUAAAUCAAUUGACUGGCUAGAUCGAAGGGAAAGGGUCAAGGAGGCUUUUACUUUGAGUUGGGAUGCAUAUGAGCGAUAUGCAUGGGGCUAUGACGAGUUUCAUCCAAUUUCGAAACAUGGAAAGCAAAUGACACCAAAAGGAAUGGGCUGGAUAAUUGUGGAUGCUUUGGAUACAAUGAUAUUGAUGAAUUUGACGAGCAGGGUGCAGCAUGCAAGGGAAUGGAUUACGACUUCACUGGACUACGACCAAGAUCAAGAAGUCAACACGUUCGAAACUACAAUUCGCAUGCUUGGGGGUCUUCUAUCCGCCCAUUAUCUCUCCACCGAGUACCCACACUUAGCUCCAUUGGCCGAGGAUGAUGAAGGAGCUUCAGGGGAGGAUUUAUAUCUGGAAAAGUCAAGGGAUUUAGCUGAUCGUUUGCUUGGCGCCUUUGACUCUGCCUCUGGAAUACCAUUCGCCAGCGUUAAUCUCAAGACCACCAAAGGUGUUCCAUCUCAUGAUGAUGGCGGGGCGUCAUCCACAGCAGAGGCAGCGACGUUGCAAUUGGAACUGAAAUAUCUUACCAAACUUACUGGAGAGACUGAAUACUGGGAAAAGGCUGAGAAGGUGAUGAAAAUUAUUGAUGAUAAUGGCAUGGAGGAUGGGCUCUUGCCAAUCUACAUAUACGCUAAUACUGGAAACUUCCGUGGAAGCAACAUUCGUCUUGGCAGCCGUGGUGAUUCAUAUUACGAAUAUUUGAUCAAGCAAUAUCUUCAAACUUCAAAAGAAGAGCCUAUCUAUGAAGAAUUAUGGGACGAGGCACUCAAGGGAGUUCGGAAGCAUCUCAUCACUUACUCUAGCCCUUCCAAAUUUACUGUUCUUGCUGAGCGACCUGAGGGUCUGGGUGGCUCUCUUUCGCCAAAGAUGGAUCACUUGGUAUGCUUUAUGGGUGGAACAAUUGCUCUAGGUGCCACUGGUGGCAUUACGGAGGCUGAGGCACGCAAGCUACCAAGCUGGAACGCGAAGAAGGAUGAAGAGAUGAAACUAGCAAGAGAAUUGACGCACACCUGCUGGGGAAUGUACAAAGUGAUGGCAACCGGGCUUGCCCCUGAAAUCGCACAUUUCAACAUUGAUGAUCCACCAUUGCCAGAAGAUGCACCACAUCAAGCACCUACAAAUUUUGAUGAUCCGGAGAAUCAAGAGUGGCGCAAGGACUUCAUUAUAAAGAACAACGAUAACCACAAUCUCCAAAGGCCAGAAACUAUCGAGACAUUGUUCUAUAUGUGGCGUAUCACAGGAGAGGAGAUGUACAGAGAAUGGGGAUGGGAAAUGUUUAGGUCUUUCAUGAACCACACAGCUGUUAGCGAAGGUGGCGGGUUCACGAGUCUCUCUAAUGCCAAUGUUCUACCUGCGCAAACCAAGGAUAACAUGGAGAGUUUCUGGCUUGCUGAAACCCUCAAAUAUUUUUAUCUUCUUUUCUCGCCAAAUGAUAUCCUCCCCUUGGACCAAAUAGUUAUUAACACGGAAGCGCAUGCCUUCCCACGAUUCAAGAUGGGCCCAUUGUUGUCAACUGGAUGGAAGAGAAAGCCCAGGGGGCCAGACGGAAAGAUAUUACCAGAACCAAAGAAGGAGCCCGGAGUAAAGGAAGUCGAAGUUCAGGAAUUGAAGAGUGGUGCGACGUGA